AUGGUCGCCGGCCUCGACAGCCAGCGGCUGGAAGCCGUCUUCCUGUCGCGGCCCGACAUUCUCCAGGGCAUUCAGAAGGCUGCCAACACACCGGAUCGAGUCGCAUUGUUCAACAACAUCGCGACCUUUGUUCACGAGCAGAUCAACGGACCCGAGCCGGCAUCAAAACGCAGACGGACAGACGAGGGCCCGACGAACGGUUUCAAGGCGUCGAACACGAACGGCGCGGCUGUGAAACAUGUGCCAAAAACUACGGGAACCGGAAACGCUGCCGAUGAUGAAGUUCUUCUCGAGAUCAAGGAGAUUUCCGUCUCCGUACCCCAGCGCAAGAAGUACGAGCUCUGCUUCACAGCGAAUUACCUGUAUGCCCGGGCGCCGAAUACCACCGCACCCGUCGAGGGCAUCAUCUACGCCUGGGAUGACAUUGAAUACCUCUUUUACCUCCCCGUGCCCGAGAAGACCCAGGUGCAGCACAACUACGUCCUCUUUCCCCGAGGAACGUGCCUCCCGACGAAAACCUCACCGGAGAAGGAGGCUUUGGUAUUCACAGUGCCCGCUACACCGCCCAAGCCGGGCACCAUCGGCGGCCCUAAAGCGAACGCUGCAUCAGCAGUCUCCGACACCUACCGUGGCCUCUUCGAUUGGGCACUGACGACACACCUCAGCUCCGCUGGCAACACUGCCGAAAUUGUUGCAGCCGACCCCAACAUCUUCCACAGUCUCGUCCGCCAGCCGCACAGACCGAACGAGAAGGCGGUGCACGUCAAGGCUUUCCGCGGGUCCAAGGACGGAUACCUCUUUUUCCUUCCCAACGGCAUUCUCUACGGCUUCAAGAAGCCUCUGGUCUUUCUGCCUAUCGAUCGCAUCGUGGCCAUGAGCUACACGAGCGUCCUGCAGCGCACGUUCAACAUCGUGGUCGAGGUCUUCACCGAAGGCGACGCCACUGAGGAGAUUGAGUUCGGCAUGCUGGACCAGGAAGACUACGGUGGCAUCGACGAGUCCUACGUCAAGCGUCAUGGGCUGCAGGACCGCAGCAUGGCGGAACAGAGGAAGGCGAAGAUGGAGCUGACUGAGAACCUCAAGAAGAAGGGCGCAGACGCUGAUGCGGGUGCGAAUGGAGACGCCGACGCUAACGGCAUGACGGAGCUUGAAAAGGCCCAUCUCGAGGCUGAGCAGGCACUUCAGGAGGAAGAGGAUGAAGACGAAGAGGACUAUGACCCUGGAAGUGAGGGAGAGAGCGAGGGCUCGGGGUCGAGUGAUGACGACGACGACGACGAUGACGACGAUGAUGAUGACGAUGAAGAUGACGAUGCUGGUGAAGAAGGUGACGAGGAGAUGGAUGACGGCGCAGGUGAGGAACAGACGUGA